AUGCCUCCUUUUAACCUGGUGGCGAGAGCGAACCCUGCUGAAGAGUCGACAAUUGAGUCGUGGACUUUGUAUGCGGUUGGUGUUGCUGCCACAGUGCUCAGGACGUAUUCGCGAGCAAGGACAGUGGGAUUUCGACAUCUCCAAGCUGACGAUUACCUUGUCUGGGUCGGAAUUUUGUUCUACACUGCGCAGACAGCUCUUGCCUACAGCGUCGGCAAUGCAGCCCAUGGCCUCGCCAACAAUAGCAUGACAGACGCGCAGCGUGCUGCAUUGUCGCCCGACGAUGCGGAAUAUCGAUUCCGGGUGAUUGGGUCCAAGAUCCAGUUGGCUGGUUGGACGACUUAUUCGGCAUUGAUCUGGUCGCUCAAGCUAUCCGUGUUGGCCUUCUACGUUCGACUUACGGAAGGUCUUGGUCGAAGUUAUCGCAUGCGCAUCUACAUUGGAUUUGCCCUGGUCCUCGGAACAUUCGUCGCGAGCAUCAUCGCCGUCCUGGCGUCAUGUCGGCCAUUCCACAAAUACUGGCAGAUCAAUCCCAACCCAGGCAGCAUGUCUCCCCUGUCCACAUCCCUCAUAUCCCUGCUAACAAGCCUGCUUCUAGAUGUCUGUCAGCCUGCCGUGUCAAAGCCGAUUGUUUGGGUUUCCUUCGCUGCAAACGUCUCGACCGAUAUCUACCUGAUCUUCAUACCCCUUCCUAUGCUCUGGCAGUCAAAACUGAGGCUCUUGAAAAAGAUUGCCUCGAGCAUCAUCCUCGGUUCCGGCAUCUUUGUUCUUGUUUGCGCGACCCUCAAGACGGCUUUCGUCCUAGUGGACGAGGACAAUGGUGCCCAGCAAGCCGGAGCCUGGGGCACGCGAGAGACAUUUGUAAUGCUUAUCACGACGAAUCUUCCCAUGAUGUUCCAUCUCUUCCGAUCCUGGCUCGCUCUUCUCUUUGGUCGUCCGUUUAAUUCGUCCCAAAAGACGUCCAAAUCACCGUAUGGGUUCCGCAGUAUCGGGGGUGGUGGCGGGGGCGGUGAUUCCUCCAGCCGGAAUCGCCGCGGACCGCCGACUGCGAAUCCCAUCACCGUCAACAUGACCUUCACUGAGAGCGAGGAACGGAUGAUGGAUGGUGUGAAGAUGCAGACCCUGAAGGAAUACCCCCAGCCCAUCGCUGAACCCGUGUCCCCCACUGGGAUUGUCGUUUCCAACGAGGUCGAGGUCACCCACGAGAGUCGAAGCAGCCACACAAGCAAACAGGAACUGCGGGAUGUGCGUGAGGCGUGGUAA